GCGGGGCGGGCGGCUGCUGAAGUUGCGGAGCUCGGACCGCGGCGCCGCAGCUGCGGGUCAUGAUCCGGAACGGGCAGUGCGCGGCGGGGGGCCCCGAGCCGGGCCCCGCGGGCAGGCGCGUCGUGCGGGUGUGGUGCGACGGCUGCUAUGAUAUGGUGCAUUACGGCCACUCGAACCAGCUGCGCCAGGCAAGGGCCCUGGGCGACUAUCUCAUCGUAGGCGUGCACACGGACGCGGAGAUCUCCAAGCACAAAGGCCCCCCGGUGUUCACCCAGGAGGAGCGGUACAGGAUGGUGCAGGCUAUCAAGUGGGUGGACGAGGUGGUACCGGCCGCCCCCUACGUCACCACUCUGGAGACGCUGGACAAGUACAAUUGUGACUUCUGUGUGCACGGCAACGACAUCACACUGACUGCCGAUGGGCGUGACACGUAUGAGGAGGUGAAGCAGGCAGGACGCUACCGGGAGUGCAAGCGUACCCAGGGCGUGUCCACCACCGACCUUGUGGGCCGCAUGCUGCUGGCCACCAAGGCCCAUCACAGCAGCCAGGAGAUGUCUUCCGAGUACCGAGAGUAUGCUGACAGCUUCGGCAAGUGCCCCCGUGGCCGCUCGUCCUGGACCGGGCUCUCCCAGUUCUUACAGACAUCCCAAAAGAUCAUCCAGUUCGCAUCUGGGAAGGAGCCCCAGCCCGGAGACACGGUCAUCUACGUGGCUGGUGCUUUCGACCUGUUCCACAUCGGGCACGUGGACUUCCUCGAGAAGGUGCACAGUCUGGCUGAGCGGCCGUAUGUCAUCGCGGGACUGCACUUUGACCAGGAGGUGAACCACUACAAGGGUAAGAACUACCCUAUCAUGAACCUGCAGGAGCGGACACUCAGUGUGCUGGCCUGCCGGUACGUGUCUGAAGUGGUUAUUGGUGCCCCCUACUCAGUCACAGCUGAGCUCCUGGACCACUUCAAGGUGGACCUGGUGUGCCACGGCAAGACAGAGAUCAUGCCCGACAGGGACGGUUCCGACCCCUACCAGGAGCCCAAGAGGAGGGGCAUCUUCCAGCAGGUGGACAGCAGCAGUGACCUCACCACCGAUCUCAUCGUGCAGAGAAUCAUCCAGAACAGGCUGGAGUAUGAAGCCCGGAACCAGAAGAAGGAGGCCAAGGAGCUGGCCUUCCUGCAGGCCCACGGCAGGGGCGUGGAGGGGGUCUGCCAUGACCUCUGACCCGACGCCAGCACCCCUUCUGGCACUGAAGCCUUUCAAGCCAGCAAGCUGUGGCCUCUCCCCGUUGCUCCCUCCCCCAGCUGUGCAGAGGGGACCCGAAGCCCACAGGCAGGACAAGUGGGGACCCGGGGACUGCCAGCCCAAUAAAGCUGCUGGGAGGUGCUGA